CGCUCCUUCCGCCACACACCGUCAGCUUUGAGUUCAGCGCUAGUUUUGAUUCGAGAAGCAGUUCUCGUAAAUUUUGACCUUUUUCUUCAUCGAUUAUCGCUCUUAUUCUACACCACAACAAACAGAAUCAAAAGAGGAAAACAAGUUAGAAACCUGGUUUCUUAUACUUUUGUUUUCGAAGAUUGUCAUUGUGUAGAAAGGAAUAAGAAAUUUUUUUUUCGGGAUUUGUUAAUCUCGUCGUCUAUCAUCACUUUGUUUUUUCAUUUGUUUUUUUUUUUACCAUUCUUUUUUAUAAGGACAAGGGAUCGAACCCAUUUUCUUCAGUCUGGCUCAUUACCCUAAAGAAUUGCCUUUAUUGCUCUUCUUCGUUGCUUGGCAAACUUUAGUCAAGUUGUUCCUGUAGGUUUGUUCGAUUCUGUCUUUUACUUGUGAUACAUUGCUUUGUUUGAUUUUCGUUUUAUUCUCGUUUUCGCUCCUCUUUUUUUCUCUUUAGUUCGCAUUCUCAUAUCUCCCUUCUCCUGAAACAACAAUUAUUAAGUUUUUUUUUUGCCUUUCCUUUCCUUGUGUAAAAAAUUACUGCGCAGUCUUCCUGAUUGUCUUUCUUUUGUUUAUAAAGCUAUAAAAGCGUUGGUGCGCUAAUCAUAGCUCAAGAAAGCCCUUUCUAUCUAUCUACCUUGAUUAGGAGUUCUGACUGAAAACAAUUGUGCAAUUGGAUCAACUCGCUGAUUUGUUUAGUGGCUAAGUGUUCGCUUUUUCAUACGAAUACAUUUUUUUGUAGUCUUGCCUAAAAUUUUUGUUUUCGUUUUUGUGUCUUUUACGUCCUCCUUUGGUUAAAAAACUCCCCUGGAAUUCUUUAGAUUACAGCUUAUUUAUUUUGUUUCUUUCAUUUUUUUUCUGUUUGGUCGAUCUCUUGACGUUAACCUUGUUUUUGUUCGCGGAAUUACUUUCUCUUUCAUCUUGUUUUUUAACCGUUUAGAUUUCCUCUUUUUUUGUUGUUUAUUUUUUGUUUGGAUUGUACACAAUAGAUACCACCGUCUUUCAGGUUUUCAUAAUGGUAUAUACAAAAGCUUCGUUUUUGCAAAAUAUUGCUAGACAAACCUUAGGUAAAAACGUCGCUGUCCAUCGGCCUCCUCUAAAACUUACAAAUAUGACAAACUGGAUUCAGCAGCAGCAAGCUCAAUCAAAUUUGUCGACCUCUUCUUCUAAGCAAAACCUUCCUGAACACUAUUAUAUUUCCGAGGAAGACUAUCUAUCCCUUGAACGUGGAUUUCCUAUAAGUGUUCGUGACCCUCCUCUAUCUGAUCCAAAGCAGACUCUAUCUACUCAGAACCAUUCUAAAUAUUUAGAUAUCAAUGGCAUUCCACACCCUUCUCUUCUUCCCUCUUCGCUUCCAACUGUAUGCGAACCUAUGACCCCUGAGGAAUUAGCCAACAAUCCUCAAGAACUUUCUUCUGCCACCUCUCCUCUCUCUUUAGAGACUCCAUCUGCUCUGACCAGUCCUUCUAUAGAUCAGUCUUAUCCUCCUUCUCUGGAAUCUUCCUUGGCUUCUUUACCCCCCAGCUCCUUUUCUUCUCCAGCGAAUUUUAUUUCUUUUCUUCAGCGUCUUUCUCAUAGUAACUUGUCCAUUCACACUUUUGAGUUAUACAAGAUUGCUUGCGAUUCUCCAGGAGUCUUGAACUUGGACGCUUUUAACACUCUUCUUGAAUGCAUGACGAACAAUGAUUAUUAUAUCAAUUCUUCUAAGAACAUGCAGAAGCUUAUCAAAGUUUAUGUAGACAUGUUAAAUCACUUUAUUGUUCCUGAUGCAAAAACCUUCGAAACCGUCAUUACCGCCUUGUGUCGACGUGCGAAGGUCAUUGAUGAUCGAGUUAAUUUUCUUGUAAGUCGUACCGCGUUUGCUCAGCCUCAUAUCGUUAAGGAUUUGCAAACUGAAUUAUCUGAUUUACGCUCUGAAAUGCCCUUGCAAACAGCUGUUUUUAUGUACACUUCCAGCUUGAUAAACCACAAUAUUCCCUAUUCCAAUUCUUUCUAUGCUUCUUUCAUCGACUCUAUCGCUCGUUAUGGAACUUCUAGUCAAUUGAAGUCUUUAUUGGAAAGCAUUCCUUUCCAGUCUAUCCAAGCAGACAGCCAUCCUAAUUUACUUCCUGCCCUUAUCCGAGCUUAUGGAAAAGCCAAAAGACUGGAAGUUUGCUUUCAGCUUUUACAAAAUUAUAUGUUAUCGGAUCCCACCAGUAACUUGGAUAGCACAAAUGUAGAGUCUUGGGAAGCCCUCAUGGAAUCCUAUUUUGAAACGAAUCAUCCUGCGGAAGCUAUUAAACUCAUGGAAUCAUUUUUCAAAAAUACAAAGCAUGAACAAACUAUUCCUUGUUCUGUCGUUAACUGUUUUCUUCGCAGACUUUCUCUUUUAGGAAGCUACAAAGAGGCUGCUAUCUGGUUAGAUUUAGCUUUGGACAAGAUUAACAGCUAUAAAGAAGAUUCUGCAAUUAUAUCUUCCAUCUUGGAAGCGGCUUGCAAAGUAAAGGACGUAAACUUUGCUGUAAGGUUCGUUCGGAAGUUUACACUUGCUCGUUUUAUGGAAGAACAUAAGGUACUUUUACAGUAUCUGCAGUUAUUGGUGGAAACCAAUAACAUUGAUAUUUUAAGAUUACACGUCUACCCGGUAAUCAAUUCUGUUUCUAUUUACACAAAUUGCAACUUUUCUACUGUUUAUAAAGCAUUUGUUGAUAAUGGUUAUGUCGGUCUCGCUUUGCGCUUACUCAAAAAGCACGUGGAGCCCAGAGUUUCGACCUCCAGCAAUAUUCCUUCUAUAAACACAGCAGCGUUACAAUUGUCGAUAUUGAAUGGUUUCUGGGAUAUUUUACCAAAGUCACUUCAUAACGAUUCCAACGUUUUGUUUCAUUUACUAUCUAUCCUGGAAAGCCAAGUUAAUUUUCCUCAAGUUGAUUUUGUUGCUCCAUUGCUUCACACACUUGUGCAAAGCAUAGUGAAAUCUACAAUAAAUUUGAACUCAUUUUCACCAAGAGUAUUUGGAUUUCUGCUUGAAUAUGCAGCUUUUAAUGUCGUUCAAACUGAGGGAUCAGUUUCCAGUAAGCGAGACCUAAAGGAGUUGUUACAAGUUUUCUCUAGUAAGGAAUACCCUGCAUCCUUUAAGAAUGUUCACAUUUUACUUCGUUCCUUCUCUUACUUGAGGGAAGAUGAAUAUUUGGUUGAACUAGUGCGAGAUAAUAUUGUUUCUGAAGCCGUCAUUGGGUUUUCCACUGACAAUAAAGGUCAAAAAAUGUUGGCAGAUAUUUCGCAAGUCUGCUAUUUCUUUGAUCAUUUUCAGUUAAUCGAUCAUGAAGUUAAUUCUAGUGUAUCAAAAAUGGUGUCGAGUACUUCAGCUGAGCAAAUUGAUGCUAAUCUGUUAUUUUUUCAAUUUGGGAAGUUAAUUGAAAACAAUAAGUUUUUACAUCCAGAAGUUUAUCCCUCGUUGGUGUCAGCCUUGAGUAAGCAUAAACAAUUUGACGCUGUCCGUCGCGUAUUUGAACAUGCGAAAUUGUUUUAUCGUAAAAUACGUGCUUCGUCUGUUGAGAAGGCAAACUGGUUUAUGGCCUUGGUAUUAGACUCGAUGGUGUUAUCUUCCUCUUUUGCCCGUGAUUUUAGAGGCUCGACUAUGUUCUGUGAGCAAAUGAAAUCUAUAGGCUACAUUCCUCGAGCUUCCACUUUUGCACAUCUGAUCAACAACUCAACGAAACGUGGAGACACCGACGAUGCUACCACUGCGUUGAAGAUAUUCGAGGAAACUAAACGUCAUAACGUUAAGCCUUCUGUUUUUCUUUAUAAUGCAGUUCUUUCUAAACUAGGUCGAGCUCGUCGUACCACCGAAUGCUGGAAACUUUUCCAGGAAAUGAAAGAAUUUGGUUUGCUCCCUACUAGUGUGACCUAUGGAACAGUCAUAAAUGCUGCUUGCCGAAUUGGUGAUGAGGCUUUGGCUGAAAAAUUAUUUUGUGAAAUGGAAAAUCAAUCCAAUUAUCAGCCUCGGGUGGCACCUUAUAAUACCAUGAUCCAGUUUGAAGUCCAAACUAUGUAUAAUCGGGAGAAGGCAUUAUACUAUUAUAAUCGAUUGUGUUCGACAGACAUACAACCUUCCCCUCAUACAUAUAAAUUGCUAAUGGAUGCUUAUGGUAUGCUUGAACCUGUCGACGUUACAUCAGUUGAGGCGAUACUUGAACUAAUGGAACGAACCAAUGUAAAGGUUCUUCCGAUGCAUUAUGCUGCCUAUAUUCAUAUUCUUGGUAUUGUGAUGUCUGAUGUUCAAGCUGCUAACCAGUGCUAUCUUGUUGCACUUGCCAAGCACGAAGCCGGGGAGAUCCGACUAGACGCAAAUCUUUUUCAGUCCCAAAUAGAAUCUUUAAUUGCCAACGAUCGCAUCAUGGAGAGAGUUCAGAUCGUUUGUGAUAUGAAAAAGUAUGGUGUGUCUUUAAACGCUUACAUUGUAAAUGCUUUAAUUAAGGGUUUUACAAAAAUUGGAAUGAUUAGUAAAGCCAGAUACUAUUUUGAUCUUUUGGAAUAUGACGGUAUGUCUGGCAAAGAACCGAGUACCUACGAAAAUAUGGUUCGUGCAUAUUUGAGCGUCAACAACACGGAAGAAGCUGUCCAAAUUGUGGAACAGCUAAAGCGCAAACGUUAUCCAGCUCCGGUUGUGAACAGAAUUUCUUCACUUGUGAACAAUUAUAUGAUGCAAAAGCCUAAGAAAAGAACGAAUCAUUACAAGUCAUCUUUGUAUCCGGCUUUAAGUGACAGGAAUUUGACAACUUGUAGUCAGAUGGCAUAGAGUUAACACAUUUUUGAUACGCAGGAAUUACUAUUUAUCAUGAAGUUUUUUGUUGAUGUUCUCUUCUGAUAACUAGAGUUUAUAAAAGCAUCAUUAAUAUGUUGUAAAUUAUUUAAACUUAGACCUCCUCAUAGACUUAUAGACUUAUAGACAAUAUAGACAUAUUAUUUAU